CCAAGUUGCGCUGAAUGAAAAUAAAUAAUAAAAAUAAAUAAUUAAACGAACCAAGAGGAAGUUGAAGGAAACGACGACGAAGAAGAAGAAGGCAGGCGUGGCUAGGUGUUUUCCUGACGGACGAAGGUAAAAUGUCUGUGUUGUUUUUUAAAAUAUGUAUUUGUAGUCGUGUUGAUAGUUUGCAAUUCAUGUGGAGCUAAGCAAGUGCAUCUUGGCGUUUUAAUUACAAGUCUGUUGAGAAUAACAUUUUACCCAUUAAGAAGCUAGCCCGUUAUUACUUUGCUACCUACAGUAACGUUAUCUUGCAGGUGCUGCUAACUAAGCUACCUCAGAUGCAAAAUCCGGCUUCUUAAUUAACUAGCAAAACACGAUUCUUUAUGGUGCUUACCCUAACUUAUACGGUUAAUUUAUAACUAAAAUAAAGUUUGAAUUAUUCAUAUGUAACGUUACCGAGUUCUAUGUCGUGUAACGUUACUGCAAUGUCUGUCAUAUUGCCACAAUAAAUUUCAGUAUCCCGAAGGUGUUUUCAGCAUAUAUAAUAAUAUUAUCAGGGCAUAACAGUUUAACAGCUUUCUAAAUGAUUUAAAUUCAGGGUAUCAAUUCAACCUGGAAUAUUACAUUUUAAAGAAUUAAAACAUCACAGAUGAAUUAAUUACAAAAUCAGGUUCAUUAUUAUAGCCUAUUUUAGACUAUAGUCAAAGACAAUAAAUAAUAUUCAUUAGUAAAUUCAGAUUUACAGGCACAGUUUGGCAUGGACCAGUAUGUGUAGUUGUUUUGAUUGGUGCACUUGGAGCUUGUGUAGACACUCUGCUUAUUCCCCUUUGACCCUGUUUAAUUCCCGUUUUAGUCAUUUACUUUGUAUAUAUCUAAAUGUAACUUUCAGAAACAAGUUGAAUGAUAGUAUAACUAAUCAUCUCAUCUCUUUGUUUUCAGGUUUUUGUACCCAUCCUUUAUCAGUGAAAUAUUUUACAAAUCAAACGGUUCUUUUAAGAGCCUCUCUCUGUUUCUCUCCUUUUUCUUGUGUUUAUCUCUCUCCCUAUUUGUAUUUCUUCAUACCUUUAUCCUUUCGUUAUUUAUCUUUAAAAAAUCGGCAAAUGGCAUCUGAGGCAUUCAGACAAUGGCUGGAAGCAGCAAAAACCUUGGCAGAUGAGUUUGAAACCACAAAUACCAAAAAGAAAAGAAAGCAAAAGGGACCUAAAGUCUCCAAUGUUUCCUGGAGGAAGAGAGACCAGCAUGGGAACAUCCUACCACAACGUGUUAGGAUUAUGAAGAAUCGAUCUGUGAAACCCUCUGGCACUAAGGUUUCAGAAGUUGAGGAGCUCUCUGAAGUUGAGGAGGUGAAUGAAAUUCAACAGGAGGUCCCAAAUCUUGAUCAACAUCUUCAGAGACUAAAAGACCUGGUAAAUUCAGUCACUGUCACUGCAUCGGUGGAAGAAGACACAACCACCAUGUCUGCGUGGACAAAAAGACAGGCUAUCUCUGAAAAAAAAUUCAAGGCUGCGAUGCCAGAAAUUUUAAAUUGCAUGUUGACUGCAGAGACUGUAAACCAGCAUUGCUGUGAACAAUGCAAGAUGACUGAUGCUGUUGUCCGGUGCUUGGACUGUGUUCCCUCGGGAAUUCAGUUUUUCUGUUCCACAUGCGACACAGAGAUCCACAGAAAAAAUGUUUUGCAUAACAGAGAAGUUAUGUUUGAUGGGUUUUUCAAUCCUAUUCCACCAACAUCCUUUGUGGUGGUUUGUGGUGACCAGUAUCACCUCAAUGAACAAGUGUGUAUGCUUCCAAUUCUUCCGCCACUGCAAAUCUGCUCCUGCGGUCCAAACCAAGACCUCAUAAUCACCCCAGGAAAGCAGACUGUCUUGGUGACAAUCAAUGGUCCAUACAACCUGUGCCUGCCUAGUGUAUGCUGUCCACUGUGUUCUACUAAAUGGACUCCUGGAAUUGGUGACUUGCUUAAAUUUAGAUAUUGGCCAGCAACCACCAGCUGCCAAAUGCUGUUUAAGUUUGAUGUGUUCACAUCAUUCGAGCAGAUGAAGUUAGCUAGCCCAUCCUUAUCCCAACAAGCAUUCCUCAAAAUGCUUGAGCAUCGAUCUCUUUCCACUGGUCGGAUGGGUAGUAUUUGUGGCAAUACGUUUAAUAGAGUUUUUCGGGAGUUUGCCUUCUGCAGUUAUAAAAAGGAAGAUCUGUGCUUGAUGGAGCCUUUUAAAUGCCCAGCAUGCACACCAGACAUGCUGGCUAUAUCUGCAGACGGCAAUAGAAAACAUUACAGAUUCAAGAAAUCCAAAGGGACAGACGAACCACCUCUUUUUGAUGGACUGUUCAUCGCACAAGAUGCCAAAGUAUCUGCCUUUGUUGAGCAAAUAAGAAGCCAGAUGUGUAGUAGGACAGGUCAUGAUGUCUGUGGGCCAGCAACAUUUACAGCAGGCAGAGAAACAUCACAGAAAUCCCGGGCCAAGGUGGAUGAAGAGGGCCUUGAAAUAGCAGUGUGCAGACAUGGAAUCUUGCUGCAAGGCUUGAAUCACUAUCGUGGUGAAAUAUAUGCCUACCCAAUGUUCCUGCAGAAGGAACUGGCACAAGCUGCAAAUGUGACAUUCUUCUGUAUGGACAUUGCUUGCAGGUAUUGGCCUUAUUUGGAAAAGAUGGCAGAGAAGUUGCCUGAGCUCCAACCACUAACCAUGAUGAAGCCUUUCCUCUCCGUAAUGCAUGCUAAGGCCCACACUGGCAAAUGUGAGGUUAGGUGGGGUGGUAGAAGCCAAGAUGGUGCAGGAAAUACUGUCGGUGAAGAGGUGGAACAGGUCAAUAGUUUCCUUUCAAGGGCAGCUCUUACUACAAAGUACAUGACCAAGUCAGGCAGAGCAGAUAUGAUAACUGUGCUUGCCAUGGCAUGGAACAAUAGGAAGGUGGAGAGUCUUCACAAGACACUGGCAAAAAGAUUUGUCAAAACUACACAGAGGGCUGAAAUGGAAGCAGCCAAUCUUGAGAGUCUCAAGCAGGAGUUAAACAUCUCUGAGGAGGAUGCAGAUCGGUGGGUGUGUGAGGUGCAGCAAUGGGCAGCAACUGAGAGAGACAGUACUCCCGGUAGCCAGGAAGAGCUCCAGAAAGAAAUUGAUGAGAUCAUUUAUUCGAUCCGAAGAAAGAAGCGUGAUCUGUAUCGACAGAAUGACAGCAACCAAACAAGGCAGUGCAAACGGAGAAGACUUGGUGAGCUCAAAAAGACACUCCGAGAGAGGAUAGUGCAGUACAACACCCUUCCUGGCUGUGAAGAGAAAAUUGACACAGAAGCAGCAUGCUGUCUCUCUGAUGAUUUCAUUCUGCCUUGGGAAGCACAAGGAGAUGUGGUUAGUCUCCGCUUGAAGAGGCGGCUGUUUGACCAAGUCAUGCUGGCCGAGCGCAUGGAUGAGGAGAAGAUAAUAAUAGUGAAAGAGAUGACUCAGCAUUAUCAACAUCUUAAAAAUACAUUGGACCAACUGGACACCUUCCUUCGGGAGAUUAAAGAGGACAUCAAGAUCCAUAAUCCACCAAGAGAGCUGACUGAAGAGGGACACAGGGGGCUGCACUGCCGUAUCUUACACAAGCGGCACAUUCUGCAGCAAAAACUUGCAGCAGUCGCCAGCACCUAUGGCAGUGUCAACACAGACCCUUCCUUCUUCAUGCUGCAGGAAGAUGCUGAAGAGGAGAUUGAGGACAACAGCAGCUCAGAAUUUUCUGAAGAUGAAUUUUAAAGAAUUUUACAUUUUAAAGCCGCAAACAUUGGAAGCACUCUUUAAAAUUUAUUUAAAUAUUUUUCAGAUUUAUUAAACAAAAUAAUAAGUAAAAGUCAUUCUAAACAUGA